UAAACAAGAGUGACUUUAUAUCACUUAAACCAGACACUUUAUUUAAGUAAACCGCGUUCGCUCUCUCAAACGUUAAGUUCCUCGUUCUGUUAGCUCAACGGUUAAAGAAAAAACUGCAGUUAACCCAAGUUAAAGAUAGAAGCAGCAAAACCAUGACUAGACGAAGCGGUCGCCUGCAGAAAAGAUCUGAAAAUGCUUCUGGGCAGAAAGGCAAAGUAAAUAAGCAAUGCAAUAGAAAAAAGCUUCAACCCCUGUCAAAACUGCAGUGUGAGAAGAAUCAGUUGGUGCUUGAUGGUGUCACCAAGCCUUGUAUUGUCACCGAGACUUCUGAUAAAGGAGCCGACUCUGAGCUCGGCUAUGCAGUUCUACCUUCAGCGGAUUCUUUAAUUUGGACGUCACCUCUGCCUCAUAUUGGAUGGGGAUCUUCUGAAGAUGUGUGGGUGAAAAUGGUCAUCAGGGAACAGAAUUACAGACACAGCAAGAGUUUCAUGCAGAAACACCCUGGAAUACAACCCAAAAUGAGAUCAAUCCUCCUCGACUGGUUAAUUGAGGUGAGUGAGGCCUACACUCUUCACCGGCAGACGUUCUACCUGGCGCAGGACUACUUUGACCGGUUCAUGUUGACCCAGACCAGCAUUGAUAAGGGCAUGCUGCAGCUCAUUGGGAUUACCUGUCUGUUUAUAGCAUCAAAGAUGGAGGAAGCCUCUCCUCCAAAGCUCUCACAGAUGGCCUAUGUGACUGCAGGGACUUACUACGAGGACGAGAUUCUUCAAAUGGAGUUAAUCAUUUUAAAGGCACUGAAAUGGAACCUUUGUCCUGAAACAGCCCUCUCUUGGCUGAAGCUUUACUUCCAGAUGGCAUCGAUGAACAAAAACUCCGACCUGCUGGAGCCGCAGAUUCCACAGGACAUUUAUGUUCAAAUGACACGACUGUUAGACCUGUGUGUCCUCCACAUGAACUCUCUGGACUUCCAGUAUCGAGUGUUGGCCGCCUCGGUCCUGUCACAUUUCAUUAAACAGGAAGCAGUUGAAAAAGUUACAGGUCUGUCGAAAGACGCAAUCCAGCUGUGCGUUAACUGGAUGGCUCCUUUCGUGGAGUCGGUGGGCUGCUUCGGCAGAGCGAUGCUGAAGGAUUUUGUCGAAGUGAGGACAGAAGACAAACACAAUAUCCAGACGCACACAGACUACAUGGCCAUGCUGGAGUGUGCCAGUAAAAAGGAGAUGAACAGCCAGUUUCCCACUCCUCCCAACAGCACAGAGAAACCCUGCACACACUGAACUACAAGAGAGACUCUGAAGUGGGUGUGGACAGAGAGGACACGCAGGGAUAAUGUCCCGCAAAGACUGAGUUCUGCUUACUUUAAACUGUUCCUAACCAGUGGACAAAAAAAAAAGAUAACUGGAAUACUGAGUGUUGAUGGGAGCUAACUAGCAUUAAGCAUUAUCCAGGAUAAUGUGCUUAUAUUUUAAACUCUUAAACUUUGGCCAAAGCAUUUUUUUUUUCUUCUUGAUUUUUAGCUGUUUUAGCGACUGGGUGCUUUAAUAUAGAAAAAGUUUUUUUUUAAAGUGUCAAUGUUUGCUGAAGUUACUUCAUUUCUAGGAAAUGAGAUUCUAUUACUGAAAGUGAUGUGCAAUUGUUUACUUUUGUAGCAUAUUAAAUAUGUGCAGUCAGAUAAAAUCUUUUCAAAACUGCUUCAGGGUCAUUCAAAAUGUUAGAUAGCUUUAAAAAGUGAUGUUGUUGAAACGAGCUGAGUGUACUGCCGCCGCUUCACCGGUCAGCUUGUUUCUCACUUACCUUCACCAAGCUGUUGUAAACAAGCCAUUGUUUGUGUAACUCAGGGUAACGGGUAGUCAGUGAUUUAUUUUUUUAAAGAAUUCAGAUCAAAUGAUUACAAAUGUACAAAAAAUGACCAACUGUAUUUAUUUAGAAGUUUAUUUUCUACCACAAAAUAAAAAUGUACAUUCCCACCC